AUGGAACAGAAAGAUGUGUCUGUUUCUUGCAACACGGCAAGCACUAAAACCCUUGUCAGCUGCUACCUUGGAAACGGAUUUGUAGGAGAAAGCCAAGAGCGGCCAAAAGCGGCCAGGUUGAAAGAUUUUGAUUGCAACAUGUCGACUUUUGCCAAACCAGAGAAUGCGUUGAAGCGUGCUGAAGAGUUGAUAAAUGUUGGCCAGAAGCAAGAUGCACUGCAAGCUCUUCAUGAUCUAAUCACCUCAAAGAGAUACCGAGCUUGGCAAAAGCCACUUGAAAGGAUUAUGUUUAAGUAUGUAGAGCUAUGUGUUGAUUUGCGGAGGGGCAGGUUUGCCAAGGAUGGUCUGAUUCAGUACCGUAUUGUUUGCCAACAAGUGAAUGUCACUUCCUUGGAGGAGGUGAUCAAGCAUUUCAUGCAUCUGUCCACUGAGAAAGCUGAACAAGCUCGUAGUCAGGCACAAGCCCUUGAAGAAGCUCUUGACGUGGAUGAUCUGGAAGCAGAUAAAAGGCCGGAAGAUCUGAUGCUUAGUUACGUCAGUGGUGAGAAGGGAAAGGAUAGGUCUGAUCGUGAGCUUGUUACCCCUUGGUUCAAGUUUCUGUGGGAGACCUAUAGAACGGUUCUUGAAAUAUUACGGAACAACUCAAAGUUGGAGGCGCUAUAUGCGAUGACAGCCCACCGAGCCUUCCAAUUCUGUAAGCAAUACAAACGUACAACAGAAUUUAGGCGGUUGUGUGAGAUCAUCAGGAACCAUUUAGCGAACCUCAACAAAUAUAGAGAUCAAAGGGAUCGACCUGAUCUGUCAGCCCCAGAGAGCUUGCAGCUGUAUCUUGAUACACGAUUUGAGCAGCUAAAAGUAGCUACUGAGCUUGAACUGUGGCAGGAAGCUUUUCGAUCCAUUGAAGACAUUCAUGGAUUAAUGUGUAUGAAAAGCUUCAAUAAAAACUUAAGCCAAAAAGAUUUGCAGAUGAUAGCAUCAUCUGUUGUCUUGGCUGCUCUAGCAGUGGCCCCUUACGAUCACACACAUGGUGCAUCUCAUUUGGAACUUGAAAAUGAGAAAGAGCGGAAUUUGCGGAUGGCUAAUCUUAUAGGUUUCAAUCUCGACCUGAAACCUGAGAGUAGAGAAGUGCUUUCAAGGUCAUCCCUUCUUUCAGAACUGGUAUCCAAAGGUGUAAUGAGCUGUGCAACUCAGGAAGUAAAAGAUCUUUACCAUCUGUUGGAGCACGAAUUUCUACCUUUAGAUCUUGCGGCAAAGGUUCAACCUUUGCUAUCCAAAAUUUCCAAACUUGGGGGAAAACUUGCCUCAGCUUCUUCUGUGCCUGAAGUGCAACUCUCCAAGUAUGUUCCUGCCCUUGAGAAGCUUGCUGCACUGAGGUUGCUUCAACAGGUGUCUCGGGUUUAUCAGACUAUGAAAAUUGAGAGUUUGUCUCAGAUGAUCCCCUUUUUUGAUUUCUCUGCUGUGGAGAAGAUUUCAGUUGAUGCUGUGAAACAUAAUUUCAUAGCUAUGAAAGUAGACCAUAUGAAGCAAGUUGUAUUGUUUGACACUCCGGGUCUUGAAUCUGAUGGGCUGCGAGAUCACUUGACUGUUUUUGCUGAUUCCUUAAAUAAAGCAAGGGCUAUGAUUUAUCCUCCAUUAAACAAAUCAUCAAAGCUGGGUGAUAUUUUACCCGGACUAGGGGAGACUAUUGACAAGGAACACAAGAGACUUCUUGCUCGGAAAUCCAUUAUUGAAAAGAGAAAGGAAGAACAAGAACGUCAACUUUUGGAAAUGGAACGAGAGGAGGAGUCGAGGAGGCUGAAGCAGCAGAAGAUUACAGAAGAGGCAGAACAGAAGAGGCGUGCAGCUGAGUAUGAGGAGAGGAACAAACAAAGGAUCCUCCGGGAAAUUGAGGAGCGUGAACUUGAAGAAGCACAAGCUUUGCUUGAGGAACAAGAGAAGCGCAGUAAAAGGAAAGGAGGAAAGAAGCCAAUCUUAGAAGGAGAGAAAGUGACGAAACAAAUUUUAAUGGAAAGGGCUUUGACUGAGCAGCUCAGAGAGAGGCAGGAAAUGGAGAAGAAAUUACAAAAAUUGGCUAAAACAAUGGAUUAUUUAGAAAGAGCGAAAAGAGAAGAGGCUGCCCCAUUGAUUGAAGCUGCUUUUCAAAGACGAUUGGUGGAAGAGAGAGCACUUCAUGAACAUGAGCAGCAGCAAGAGAUUGAAUUGAGCAGACAGUGCCAUGAUGGGGACCUCAAGGAGAAGAAUAGGCUGUCUCGGAUGUUGGAGAACAAGAUCAUAUUUGAGGAAAGAGUGAAGAGCCGUCGAGAUGCAGAAUUUAACCAAAGGAGAGCAGAGAGGGAAGAAAGGAUCCACCAGAUUAUCCAAGCUCGGAAACAAGAGAGAGAAGCUUUGAGGAAGAAAAUAUUCUAUGUGAGGUCAGAAGAGGAGAGACUGAAAAAGCUGCAUGAAGAGGAAGAAGCUCGCAAGCAUGAAGAGGCUGAGAGACGCAGGAAAGAAGAAGCUGAACGCAAGGCGAAGUUGGAUGAGAUAGCUGAGAAACAGAGACAGAGAGAACGCGAACUAGAAGAAAAGGAACGGCUAAGGAGGGAAGCUCUCUUGGGAAGAGCAGCUGACGGGCAUUCUAAGCCUUCUGAGCUUCCUGCUGGUCCAGAGCCUGUGGCUGCUGCUCCAGCAGCUGCAGCUGCAGCAGCCGCUGCUGCACCAGCCUCUGGAAAGUAUGUGCCAAGGUUCCGGCGAGGUGGAACUGAAAGCCCAGCGAAGGCUCCUCCAGAAACUGAUAAGUGGGGCAGUAGGCCAGCCCCUCCUCCAGAUUCUGACAAGUGGAGCAGUGGUGCUGCCAGGCACACCACUUCAGAUCCUGACCGGUGGGGUGGUGGUGCUCGCUGGGGUAGUGGUGGCAGCAAGCCUGAUGAUCGCAAUCCUCCACCCAGUGAAAGGUGGGGUGGUGGAGGUUCAAAGUCCACUUGGUCAUCAUCUAGGCCACGUGGCCGCUGA